AGAGAGAGAGAGAGAGUGAGGAAGAGAGGGAGGAGGGGGAGAGCAAAUUCAGAAAAAUCACCUUCCAAAGCAAAACAACAGCCGGCAGAAGUGGAGACACGACAGAAGACUAGGAAAAGUGGACAGCAGUCCUUACAGGACAACAUAAAACGGAUAAAGAGAGCGUACAGAGACACACAGCUGGGUCAUGGAGGGAGGAGAGGAGCGAGGGAUGGAGGGACGAGUGUGCAGGCUUUCGGCUCUGCAGCAGCAGCUGCUCUGCUCUCUGCUGGGCUCUGGAGUGACCCGUGAAGUUCUGAUCCAGGCCGUCAGCGAGCUGGAGAGAGAGCGGAACCGAGUCGGAACCGUGGUGGGGGGCGGAGCCGGAGCAGACCGUGGGGAAGUGGCCGAGCGCACGGACGGAGAGAGCUCAGAGGAUGGAGACUCAGACUUUCCUCCACCCAUCUUCAGGGAGAUCGAGAAACUACCACCAGAGGAAGCGGCUAGACAAAGAGCUGAGGUGGAGCAGCUGCUACAGGAGGACCCAUGGCGUGUGGCGAAGAUGAUAAAGAGCUACAUGCAGCAGCAUAAUCUUCCUCAGAGAGAGGUGGUGGAUGCCACAGGUCUGAAUCAGUCUCAUCUCUCACAGCACCUGAAUAAAGGAACGCCCAUGAAGAACCAGAAACGAGCCGCGCUCUACAGCUGGUAUGUCAAGAAACAGGACGAGAUCAGCCAGCAGUUCACCAAUGCCAGGAGAGGACUGGUUCUGGGGGAGGAGCCAAUAGAAGAAAACAGGAAGGGGAGGAGAAACCGCUUUAAAUGGGGCCCGGCGUCACAGCAGAUCCUGUUCCAGGCCUACGAGCGCCAGAAAAACCCGAGCAAGGAGGAGAGAGAGGGACUGGUGGAGGAGUGUAACCGAGCGGAGUGUUUGCAGAGGGGCGUGUCUCCAUCACAGCUGGCCGGUUUGGGUUCGAACCUGGUGACAGAAGUGCGUGUUUAUAACUGGUUCGCUAAUCGCCGCAAAGAAGAAGCUUUUCGCCACAAACUGGCACUCGACCCUCCUUACAGCAGCCAAUCAGCAUCCGGGGCUGAGCACAGCAUCCCGCCCACUCCCACACAAGCAGGAGUUUCCCGUUACCAUGGCAAGUCGAUGCUAAGCUGUCUGAAGUUCACUUCCUCUGUAGUGUGUGAGGGCGUAGGGGGAGUGCGGGCUCCUGGAAGCGGAGACAGAAGUGACGCCGGACACCUGGGGGCAGGUCUGGUCCAGCUGGAGCCCAGUCACACGCUUCUGGAAGCACAUCAGCACAAACCAGGGUCAGGAGGAGGGUCACUGCCACCUGUAAGCACUCUCACCUCUCUUCACGGCGUGUCUCACACACACUCCGGCUCACCGCAGGGUCUCAUCAUGGCCUCCUUACCCAGCGUCAUGAGUCUGGGAGACUCGUCUCUACUCAUAGGUCUCACGUCCGCUCAGCCACAGACAGUUCCUGUCAUCAACAAUGUAGGGGGCGGGUUCACCACGCUCCAGCCAAUCACCUUCCAGCAGCAGCUCCAUGCAUCUCCACAGCAGCCAAUCACACAGCAGCUGCCAGGUCACAUGACUCCGAGUCCCUUCAUGGCCACGAUGGCGCCGCUGCCCUGCCACAUGUACAGUAAGACAGAUCUGACAUCAUAUCCCUCCUCCAGCCUCCUGUCCCAGGCCAUGGUCAUCGCUGACAGCAGCAGCAUUGGAACCCUUGCUAACCUUACCACGGUCCGGCAGACGCUGAGCUUAGACCCUGAUGAACACACAAACACCCCGAUCCAGGAGGAGUCACUACACCUGCAGUCCAGCUCUCCAGUACCAGUGUCCACCAGCAGUCUGGACCUUUAUCCUCAAACCCAGUCCAGCGAGAGCCACACCUCCCACCUGCUUGCAUCAUCACCCGGAGAUAUCGGCCCCUACAUUCCUGCACAGAUGGUCUCUACCGCUCAGUAGCACAGUGGUCAGCUCAGUGGACCGUACCAUCAGUGCCUCAUGGGGGUUUCUUUUUUAUUGUUUAUAGUUUCAGGACAGAGGAUGGAGGUUUCUGACCCUGAUGACCGUUAUGCUGCCUUUGUGCAUGUCUGAUAAAUCUGUGUGGAUGAUGAAGGUGUUUGGGGAUGAGUAAUUUCACUGAGGAGAAAAAAAUAAAUAAAAGUGAGAGUGGACAUAACAAUCUACACACUUCCUGAUCGUGUUGCGGUGUGUCACUGGGGCAAUGUGGGCGGAGCUUGUGCUCGAUUUGAUCAACCAAUCACAAACUCCAUCAACACCGUCAUCUCCUUUCAUUUCGGACGCUGCACGGUUUGGUCCUGAUUCUUCAGUGUAGCGUUAGCUAGCCGAUUAGCUCUGACGUUAAAUAACUAACCAGAGCAAACUUAAACAGUCUGAUGAUGUCAACAAGUUGGUGACCGAAAUCAUCUGCCCCUGACCGGACACCCUUCACAUCACAUUCAUUAUUAUUAUUAAACACUUUCCUCUGUAAAUAUUACUCUGAUGUACAAAACUCAUUAAAAUGUGUAAGAGAAAGAAACACAGGUUUUGUUAGUUGUGUUUUUGAGAACUUUAACACACGAGUCCAGCUAGCAUCCUGCUCUUUACUCGCUCACCUGAGGUCAGAAAGAGAAGUCUGGAUGUUAACACACUUUCCAUUUGGAGGCCUGGACUCCACUAGAUCCCUGAAGGUGUGCUGUGGGAUCUGGAUCACCAAGAUGUUAGCAGCAGAUCCUUAAGUUGUGAGGUGGGGCCUCCAUGGAUCAGACUUGUUUGUCCAGAACAUCCCACAGAUGCUGGAUUGAGAUUUAGAUCUAGGAAAUUUGGAGGCAGGGUCAACACCUCAAACUGGUUGUUGUGGUCAUCAAACCAUUCCUGAACCAUUUCUGCUUUGUGUCACGGUGCAUUAUCCUGCUGAAAGAGGCCACAGCCAUCAGGGAAUACCGUUUCCAUGAAAGGGGGUAGAUGGUCUGUAACAAUGCUUAGGUAGGUGGUACGUGUCAAAGUAACAUCCACAUGGAUGCAGGACCCAAGGUUUCCCAG